UCCCCCACGCGCGGCUGGCGGAAUGGGCAGCAGAGCACGAAGCAGCUGGCUCCGGCGGGAUCCGAUCGCAGGAUGCCGAACUCAUGGAUGUCGACAGCGACAGGGCGGAGUUGCCAGAGCGCUCGAUCGGAUCGCGUACGCGUGCACGCCCCCUGGCGGCGCGCGGCCGGCCUGAGAAUAUCCCGCCGCCCCCAAACGAUACGGGUUCCGUCGCGUCGCACUCUCCGCCCAUGCCCCGACUCAUCGCAGCACAUAGGUAUAGAACUCGAGAAGCCGCGAAGCGAACAUCGUAGUGCACUUGCCGUUCGGUUGGUUGAUUCCAAUGGCGGGCGGCGGCGGCGGCCAGGUUCCCUCCUCGAUGUUGGUCGGGAAGGUGACCUGUGGGGCGUGGAUACGGCGGCGGGACGGGGGGGCGGCGGCCAGCCGCCUCCUCGUGCUGUACGGCCGCGCCGCCGCGGCCUCGUCCCCGCCACUCCUCGACCUCCUCGCCUUCGACGCCAGCAAGUCCGCUCUCGCCUCCGAGGAGCCCCUGCUGAGGGUCGUGAUGGGCGAGGACGGAGCCGACGCGCCGCGCGCCAUCGCCGUGCACCCCGGCGGCGACGAGUUCGUCUGCGCCACCGCCAAAGGCUGCAGGCUGUUUAAGCUGGUCUAUGAGGAAUUCAGCAUCAACCUUAUUUCAAGAGAUUGUCCACCUCUCCAAUCAGUUGGGCCUCAGAGAUGUUUGGCAUUCAGUACUGAUGGUGCUAAGUUUGCUAUAGGUGGUGAGGAUGGACGUCUCAGAAUAUUUCAAUGGCCAAGUCUCACUGUGCUUUUGGAUGAACCUAAAGCUCAUAAAUCCUUCCGAGACAUGGACAUUAGCUUGGAUUCAGAGUUUUUAGUCUCGACAUCCACUGAUGGCUCUGCAAGAAUAUGGAAGCUAGAUGGGGGAGCCCCACUAGUAAAUUUGACUAGAUCUGCGGAUGAGAAGAUUGAGUGCUGCUGCUUUUCUAGGGAUGGAACUAAACCUUUCUUGUUUUGCACACUUGUAAAAGGUAAGGAUAAUGUGACUAUGGUUUUGGACAUAACUAACUGGAAGAGAAUUGGAUACAAAAGACUUCUGGCAAAGCCUAUUUCCACACUUUCAGUUAGCUUGGAUGGGAAGUAUCUCGCACUAGGAAGCCAUGAUGGUGACUGUUGUGUUGUGGAUGUGAAGACGAUGCAAGUUUCUCACUUGAGCAAGAAGAUCCAUCUUGGCUCCCCAAUUUCCUCGAUUGAAUUUUGUCCUACAGAAAGGGUUGUAAUCUCCACCUCGCACCAAUGGGGAGCAGAGAUCACAAAGCUCAACGUCCCUGCUGAUUGGAAAGUAUGGCAAAUUUGGCUGGUACUAUUGAGCUUUUUCGGGGCAUCAGCGAUCCUCUUCUACACGUUCUUCAAGUACACAACCCUUCUGUAACCCCCCGGAGCUGAUUCUGGAGCAAGGUCCUCGAGUUUCUGAAGAAUGGAUUCCAUGGUAUCAUUAGAGUUUUGUACUUCAACAGAUCCUAGUUUGCACAUCUUUUUUAGCAUGAUAAUGAAUGGGUGGAUGCAACCACGAUAAAUCUAAGGAGCCUUGUAUAUUACUCCCCCAUUUCCUUUUUAUAAGACGUUUUUAACUUUAUAAGUAAACUUGUAAAAUUUU